AUGAAGUUCAGCAAGAUGGUCGCCUCCUCCCGCCGCAAGAGCCGUGCCGCUCACUACAAGGCCCCUUCUUCCCAGCGCCGUACCAUCAUGAGCGCUCCCCUCAGCAAGGAGCUCCGUGAGCAGUACAACGUCCGCAGCAUCCCCAUCCGCAAGGACGACGAGGUCACCAUUGUCCGUGGCUCCAACAAGGGCCGCGAGGGCAAGGUCACCUCCGUGUACCGUCUCAAGUACGUGAUCCACGUCGAGCGCGUCACCCGCGACAAGGCCUCUGGCCAGUCCGUCCCUCUGGGCAUCCACCCCUCCAACGUCGUCAUCACCAAGCUCAAGCUCGACAAGGACCGUGAGGACAUCCUGAAGCGCUCCAAGCAGGGCCGUGAGCUCAAGGCCACCGGCAAGGUCUCCGCUUAA